AUGAUCCCAGAAAAGCCCCUCCCGUGCUCAGACGAGUUCCCCUCGCCAGAGGCCUACGUCUCCGCCCUCCUCAGGUUCGUCACGGAGACGGACCUCUUCCAGAUCCUCUGCGGCGGCGUCCACGUCCUCGACUUCUUCACAAACACGCCGGGCCUCUUCCACCAGGUCCUGCCCCAGGAAUGGCAGCCCUUCCUGCUCGCCUACGACACCAUGCGCCUGCUCGACCUGCUCAUGAGGGACGACCUGAACAACCUCCCCGCGAUGGACCCGCCCCCGCCGGAGAGCUUCCUCGCCUACGUCCGCGACAUCCGCCGCUUCUCUCUCGCGCGCGACUUCAAGCCCUCGCAGUCUGAGACGAAGCCGCCGCCCAAGCUGUCCCGCUCCGUUGCCGUCGGCAUGAAGCCCAAGAAGGUGCACGAGGUCGCCCACUUCGCGCGGUACGUGGACUCCCUCGCCGGCGCCAUCGCGGAGCGCUGGGACAAGGAGACGACGCACUUUGUCGACUUUGGCAGCGGGCAGAACUACCUCGGCCGUACCCUGGCGCUACCCCCUUACAAUAGGCACGUCGUGGCCGUGGAGGGUCGCGAGCACAACAUCGACGGCGCAAAGGGGCUGGACGUGCUGUCCGGACUGGCGGGCAAGGAAGUCGUCAUGCGGAACAAGAAGCUGUGGGCUCAGAUGCAGGCCGACAAGUUCGGCACCGACAACGUCAAGAAGAUCACGAAGCCGUCUACGGAUGCGGUUGAGGACUUUGACUUUAGACCCAUCAAGGAGCUCGAACCGCAGUACAACCGCGCCAUCGGAAAGGGCUCAGUGUCGUACGUGGUCGGCAGGCUGGAGAGCGGCGACCUCACGGAAGUCAUUGGGCGCAUUGAGAAGGAGGUCCUCCCGGAGGAGGACAAAGAGCUCAAGAUGAUGGCCGUCUCGAUCCACUCGUGCGGCAACCUCUCACAUUACGGCAUCCGCUCACUAAUCAUGAACCCGGCGAUCCACUCCGUCGCCAUCGUCGGCUGCUGCUACAAUCUUCUCACUGAGAAACUCGGCCCGCCGACGUUCAAGUACACCUACGCCCGCCCGUCGCUGCAGGCCCUCAACGGUCGCGUCGUCAGGGAGUCCUCGCGCUUCGACCCCGAGGGCUUUCCCCUGAGCGAGAAGCUCUCGACCUACGACGGCGGCGUCCGCAUGAACAUCACCGCGCGGAUGAUGGCAUGCCAAGCACCCCAAAACUGGACGCGAGAGGAGAGCGACGACUUCUUCACUCGCCAUCUCUUCCGUGCAAUCCUCCAAAAGAUCUUCCUCGACAAGGGCGUCAUAUCCAAAGUCUACCACCGCGAUCCGGACGCCGACUCGGACGAGACCCCUGAGACGCCCUUCAACAUGAGCACCAACCCCGUCAUCAUCGGCUCCCUGCGCAAGGCCUGCUACCGCUCGCUGGGCGACUACAUCCGCGGGGCCGUCACCAAGCUCACCACAAACCGGGAGUACGGGCAGUACAGUGCCAUCAUCAAGGAGAAGAUGUCCGACAUGUCUGACGAGGAGAUCAAGCGCUACGAGGACGAAUACCUUUCCCGCAAGAAGGAGGUCGCCGCGGUGUGGAGUCUGAUGGCAUUCAGCGCUUGCGUCGUCGAGUCGCUCAUUGUCACAGACCGCUGGCUGUUCCUCAAGGAGCACGCGGACGUUGUCCGGGACGCCUGGGUUGAGACGGUGUUCGAUUAUGGGUUGAGCCCGCGAAAUAUGGUUGUCGUCGGUAUCAAGGAAUAA